AUGUUAAUAUGCGACGAUGAUGAGCCUUCACCCGUCUCCAGCGACGAAGUAUUUUUCAUAUGCGAGGAGCAAACAAAUGUCAAAUGUGAUGAUAGAAAAAUUAUAAAAGACUCAAAUGAUAAAAUGAAAAUUGAAUUCUAUCCGCGGAUGCAGUCUGGAAUAAGUAAAAAGACAAAUAAACCGUUGAAAACAGACAGUAUUGAUGAGAUUAAAUACAAUCAAAAAAAAAUUGGUAAUAUUCUCAGUAGGAAGAAAAAUAAAAAGUUAUUUUGUGACGCAUCAUCGUGUACUGCUGACGAUAAUAAUCAGAUAUUUGAAAAAAUUAUAACAACUGGUGAUAACGAUGAUGGACACGAGACUGCUCACACAAUACUCGUUAAAAUACAAGUUGAAAAUUGCUCUCAGUGCCCGGACAAAUCGAUAUCAGUUUAUUCACAUGAUAUGAACAAGAAAAAAAUCAACUGCAUUGAGCAGUGUAAGAUUAAAAAUAGUAAAACAGUUGCUGUACAGGUGAAUUUUAAUUCAAUUGAAUCGGCGGUUGACUCACAGUGUGUUAAAAUAAGUAAAAUACGUAGAUGCAGUAGAGCAUCGAGAUUCUCCCAAACAUCAAUAACAUCAAAUAAAGGAAAAAAAACUAAUGACCAGGAUGUUGAAAAAUCACCAGUUGCAUCGGCCUCUAGCCAACCGGAGAACCCAACGAAAAUAUAUCUGUGGCGGGGCAAGAACUUUAAGAGUCAAUCGAUGACACACAAAACAAAUGACAAAAGCUGCGAUGGGGUUGUGGUUUGUGAUAAUGACGACAAGACCAAGAAAAUACAGGAGAAGAGUUUUUCCGUAGAUAGAGGAUCAUUUAAGAAGAAGAAAAGUCAGGCAAUAAGCCCUAAUAAGAAGACCAAUCGUUCCUCUUUGACCAUUGGCUCCGAUAAUAUCACGAUUAAUCUAUCCAAAUAUUCACCUUGCGCCAGCAGGCUUGCUGCGAGCUCCAAGAUUCUCGGCAACAAUGUCAAUUCGUCAUCGGCAUUGAGCCCUGAGAGCCCCUUGCAUGCUGUACGACCCAGGAGUCCCGGGCGGCUGCCUGAAUCUGGGAUGGAGAAGACUGAGGCUGAGAAAAUAACCCUCCAAGCCAGUUUGUCACUUAAUAUUGAUCAGUUCAAGAAAACACAUCCUACUCCCCGUAGCAGAAGCGUUGGAGACAGUUGUGUUACUUCUCCGACUAGUGAAGCCACUACUACCAUGAGUUACUCACCAACUGGGACGGAAAUUUUAUCUCUCGACGAUAUUGGACAACAUCAUUCGACGAGCAAUGAUUUGUCACUUUCAGCCCCCGAUUUGAAAAUUCUCAAUGGCAUUGCGGGAUUGACGACACCUUCCAAGGUUAAUCUUGAAACCAAGUGUUAAUUAUUGGCUUGGCGGCAUCUGACGGGGGCGAGCGAUGAUGAAUGAGAGGAAUUCAAUUUCGUUUUAAUGAUUUUAAGGAUGACGUGGUGAGGAGGGAAGAGCAGACAAACGUCCCUUGAAAGGCUAGAAUCCCUUGAUAAAAACCUUGUUAUAUUGUUGAUUUCGCUUUGAGAAGACGCACAGAUAAAUAACAUACACCACGAUUUUUUUUAAGUCUCGAAAGAGAUUUGUCACCUUUCCAAAUUUCUUCAUUUGCAAUAUUUCUUAUGAACAAUAUCUGGGAGCCCUGAAGACCCGUAAAGUUUUUCUUUUUUGCCCCGAUUGUGAAAUAUUAUAAAUAUAUAAAUACUAUUCUUCACCACUUUGGAAAUUUUAUAGGAGCAUGAAGCGAUCGGUUAAGGAUUGAAAAAUUUACUGGGCAAGUUUUGCAGGCUUUUUUCAUGAAAAAUAUGAAGAAAUUACAGGUGGGUAUUUAAUAAUAAAAACCAUCAUUGGUUUUACUUUAGGGAGUUGAAGAGAUGAAUAAGUUGUUGUUGUUGUUUGUUAGUCCAUUUUUUGCCUAUGAGUGUAUCAUCAUGACGCGCUACUCAGUAAUUUUUACUGUCUCUUUCUUCUUUUUGCUUAUUUCAUUUUUAUUGAAGAGAUAAAUAGAAUGCCAAGAUUUUAUUUAAGGUUGUCGGAAAAAAAACUAUCAACUCUUCAAAUUUUUUCAUUUCCAAAUUUUUUUGAAAUAAUAUGUGCAAAUUAAAAAGAGCUGAGAAAUUAUAUUAGGACUUUUUUGUUCUAAUGGUCAUUCUUUUUGUCAUUUUUAUAUUGGAAAAAUGUUAUCGUAGAAACGAUUUAGUUCCUUACAUGUGGAGAUUGUUAAACAAAAUCUGGCGAAACUGAAUUCCUUUUUCUCGCAAAGUAAUGGUAGAAUUAUUCUUGACAAUGGAAAACCUAAAUGAGAGAAUUUUAAGCAUAAUCUUCGAUACCUCCAUCAUCUUUGUCGUGUACUUUGUCAACCUUGUUAUAGUCGUUCAUGACAAUCGAUAUUGUUGUUACACGUGUUCCUGAUUCAAAGGGAAUUUAUCGAUUUACAAGGUUUUCUUUAAAUUUUCGGUGCUUUCUUUUGCUAUGAAGAUUUCUAAUAAAAUCCAAGUGCCAAAGAAAAAUAUUGAGAUUUAUUGGUUUAUGUCUUUCUUUCAACCAUGUGUGGGGAUUACGAUGCUUUUUAAGUACCAAUGGUUUAUGUAUUCCCUGAUUUUAUAGAUGUUGUGGUUAUUUACUUUUUUAUUUCUUUCAUGAGAUGAAAUUGGGAUGUAAAUGAAUUCACACGUUAUUUAAUGGUUUUUCAAUUAAUUUUUCAGCAGCAAUUUUCUUAAGCACUAACGGAUUUUUUUUUUAUUCAACUCUUAUCCCAAACAAUUCACUUCAAUUAAUUCCACUUUGGCAUUCUACAUUACUGUGAAAUUUUGAAAUAAUUUCUGAAAUAUAAAAUGAAUAUUAAUAAAAACAUACGGCUUUAUCAAAAUUUCUACUUUAUUUGCAUCACAAAAAUAACAUUUAAAAUAUAUCAGAAAGUUAAUUUUACUCCGGAUUUCCUACCCAUUAUGUUAUCGAGAUUGACAUAGUAAGGUACAAUCGAUUUUAGUAUGGAAAAAAAACAUUUGUCAUUGUAGGAUGUUAAUUAAAAAAACUUAUUUUAUGAUGAAUUAUUAUUGAUUAAAAUGAUGUUUUUACGAUUUUUUGUAGUAUUUAUUAAGAGUACUAUUGUGCAUUGUACAUCCCAUACAUUCGAAUAACUUGUUCAUAAUAAAUCAGUGAGAAGAUCCGAUAAUUGAUGAUCAAUUGUGAAGUUGGAGAGAAAAUUGUUACUGCCCUACAGUAAUUGUCUAUAUCUGUCAUUAAUCAGGAUUAUCCUUAUACUAUUCAUCAUAAAGAGAAGCAAUAUAUACAUAUAUGUAUGAAUAUACUAGUUAAAGGAAUAAGAAUCGAUUAAUAGUUAAUAAACCCACCAAAUAGCAAUGUGAAAAAUAAAUAACAGGAGUUCUUCCACAAAUUUUUAGGUUAAAACAUAAAUCAUAACGUUAUACAAAUGUUUAAUGAGAUAUAUUAAUAUACGUGCGAUUGGCACUAUCCUGUGUCUUACCGAAAACAAGAAAAUCAUUGAUUGAGUAAUCUUUUACACAAGAUGAUAACGAAAAUAGAUAGGGACAAUAUCAUUGCCAAACUCGUCUAAAUUAGGUAAGCUCAGACAAUUGGAAGGGGAACUGAGAAAAAAUUAUAUGUUGGUUGUGUAUCUUGUGGUUCCGAAUAUUUGAGUAGUUGUACAUAAGGGAAUGACUAUCUUCAUCGGAUUACACUUUAUUCACAAUGUUGGAAAUAAUGUUUUUGAAGGUUUCUUUAUUGGGACGGCUGUAGGUCAAAAUUUAUUGGAUAACUGUUGUUGCAUUAUCUGGGUAGAAAAUCAGAGCACGGAGGAAAUUUUUUUGAAAAGAAUUUCUUGAGUAAUUGCUUUUGGAAUAAUUAAACGAUUGAUGAAUUUUCAGUUUGAACAGUCCAUCAUCACAGUUUUUUAAUAUCUUGGGAAAGAGAAAGAGAGCGGGGGAGGAGGGGGGUGGAUGGGUAUUCUUUAUUCAGCCUUAUGCGAAACAUGAUUAAAUUUUUGUUGUACCCACUUCAAUUCAUAGGGGUUAUUCGACGAUUAAUGAAGUUUUAAUAUUCUAACCUCACAUUUCUUCAACGAUUUAUGAUUACAAUGAGAACAAAUGUCACUUAAGUAUUCUUCGAGCUUAUGGCACUUUCUAUCAUGAGGAAAAUAAUUGAUCAGGUUUCUCACAUAUUUCGUCGUUUUUUAGAAAUAUUGAUAUAAUUGAUAAUUUUUCUAAUUGUCUAGAGAGUGCUCAUGAUAAAACUCUUUAGUGAAAUAAUUUCUUGAAAGUUUUGAAUAUUUUGGAAGCUAUUAACUGAACAAACUCACCAGAAAAGGCAACUUUCACUGAAGAUUUUUUUUUGGAGAAUUCGUUUCAUUAAGAUGAGUAAACCACCCAGUGACAACAACAACAACAUUAUUUCCCAACAACACAAGAAAGUGUUUCUAUAAGCUGAUAAAUCGCCGAGUUAGGAACGAUCGAUAGCCACCAUUAUAAAAAUGUGUAAUCCUAGGAUUCUAUAAUUCGAAUAAUUUCUACGAAUAUUUAAUUGUACUUAAUGCAUUCGACGCAAAAAUAAAUAAAUAAAAAAAACGAGUUUAAAUGCGUAAGAGUCAAUGCCAAUUAUUCAAUGAGGGGUUGAAAUUAAAUACAGUAUUUAUGCAUGUAUAAGUUUUGCAAAUUAUAAUCAAAAGGAUAGAUAAAGAGUUGAUUAUGAAAAGACAUGGUUUUUGCUGGAAUGAAAGAAAUUAUUAUUUUGUAGAACCAAAAAAAUUGCUUCAAUUAAAUGUGAUAUAUUCACUUCAUUUGUUGGACAAUGAGCUCAUUCCAUUGUUUUUUGUCUCCCUAUAAAUUAACAUGUUAAUUAGUUAUUUAAACUGAUGAAAAACUCAUAAAAAAUAUUCCGUAAAAACAUAAUUAGUCGAUAAAACUUUUUACUAGUAAAAGUUAGUUGAGUGCUUUGUACAUCGGAAUAGAUUCUACAUUGAUCAAGUAUGUGAAAUGGAUAAACGUUUUGAUUGAAUAUUCGUGUCAAGUACAUUUUGCAUAACUAGGAAAGUUGGUAACCACAUGUUAAUGGGGUAUACACACUUGUUACGUGUAUACCCCAUUAUCCAUUGAUGUAAAUAGCUAUAGACGACUAUAAUGAUGAUAUUAGACAGUAUGCUGAAACACAUACAAUAACUGAAACAGUAUCAAUGUUGGUCUGGUGGAAAAUAUUCUGUGGAAAUGGAUGUAACGAGAUUAAUUCGAUUUGAUGGGAACGAUAACUGUAUUAUUCAAAACAUAGAAAGAUAUUUGUGAUUGAAUGACGAUUUGAGAAGUUCGAAAUGAGUUUAACAAAUUUUGGAAAAAAUUCAAUAAAACACUGGAAAACGAAUUGGCUGUCCGGUAAAUUCAAUUGGCUCAAACAUGUGUCGCAAGGAUUGAUGUUGAGGUAUGAAAUAGAACUUCUUCGACAAUUGCAAAUGAUCAUUUUACGGAUAUCAUUUUUUUGUAAAUCGAUAAAUCCAAACAUUUACAUUAGUUGUUCAAUCAAUAUUUUUCUCGCUGAGAGACGAUGCUAGGUCAAUGUGGAUUAUUUUUUUAGUUAACACGGGGGGAGUCAUUUUCAUACAGUGAUAACAUUUUUUAUGAAUCCUUAAGGAAGUUUUCCUGAUUAAAUUCGCCUUGAAGGAAGUCAAUAGAAUCUGUAAAUAGUUAUCAUCAAGAUUGAUCUUUUCUUAUGAGUUUACUCCAUUGCUCGACUAAAGUAAUAAAAACAAUUUGCCUCCCUGACAAAAUAUUUCGAUUGCUGGCAAAGGAUGAAAAAGUGUGUAAGAAUUGUGAGAAUUUAGAAAUCCAAUAACAAACAAUGUGUGACGAAUUUCAUUGUUAAGGUUACUUGGAAAGAUAGUAAAAAAAAUAUUUCAACGUAGUCUCAUUGAAUUCGAAUGGCUCUGCAUGCGUUCCCAUCAAAUUUUAUGAUUUUUUUUCCACCAGUCACAUGCACCAGCACUCCGUGCAAGCACAUUUGAUUUGUCCAACAGCAGUAUAUAAUAAUUGCAAACGACAAAAACUAUGGAAAAAGUAUACUGUAUGUACAUUGUUAUUUUCAAAGUAUUUCAAUAGCAGUUUUUUACCAUUUUUUAAACCUUAUAAAACCGAAAUAACUGAAACUGAGUGUCCAUUAUGACAGUUAUCACAAUAAAUGAAAUAUCAAGAGUAUGGAGAUGGAAAAUCUAUUUCCAAUAAGUACAUAUGCAUUUAAUUUAGGUGAUAAGUUAUCACGUUUGUUGACAAAUCAUUCUCCACUCGACUACUGAGUAAAUUAACGGAUAUUUUAACGAAAAUGAAAAAAAAAAUAUUGAAAAAUCUAACAGUGUCAGAUUGAGAUUUGAAUAUUAUUAAUAAAGUACAGAUUAAAUCCUCGUAUGAAUCGUUGUUUAUGUAUAAUUAUUAUGUGAAUGACAUAUGAUUGUAUAAAUAAUAUAUAUUUCGAUUUUUAGUUCUA